AUGGCCUCAGUGACGCCUGUAGAGGAAAUUCAAGAUGAAAUCAAAUGUCCCAUCUGCCUGAAGUAUCUGACAGACCCAGUGUCCAUACACUGUGGGCAUAACUUCUGCCGAGUCUGCAUCACUCAGUACUAUGAGACAUGGGCAGAGGGGGACUAUGACCCUGUGCGCUGCCCCAACUGCAGAGCCCUCAUCCAGAAAGGGACUCUCCGGCCCAACUGGCAGCUAGCAAAUAUAGUCAACAAAAUUAAACACAUGGAUUUAAAACCAGGAAAAGAGAAAUUGUGUAAGAGACACAAUAAAACCCUGGAUCUGUUCUGUGAAGAGGACGGGGAAGCCUUGUGUGUGGUUUGUGAGAGAUCCCCAGAGCAUGGUGCUCACACAGUGAUUCUCAUGGAGGAGGCUGCCCAGAAAUACAAGGAAAAGAUCCAGGCCCACUUGGAGACUCUGAGGGAAGAGAGAGAAAAGCUGCUGGGAUUUAAAGCAUCUGGAGAGGGAAAAAGUCAGACAUAUCUGAUUCAGACACAAACCGAGAGGCAGAAGAUUGUAUCUGAAUUUCAGCAACUGCAACAGUUCCUGCAGAAACAAGAGCAACUCCUGCUGGUCAGACUAGAAAACCUGGAAAAGGAGAUUUUGAAAAUACAGAAUGACAAUGUCACUAAAAUCUCUGAGGAGAUUUCCUGUCUCAGUGACCAGAUCAGUGAGCUGGAGGGGAAGUGUCAGAAGCCAGCAAGUGAACUCCUGCAGGAUUUCAGAAGCACCUUGAGCAGGUGUGAAAAGGAGAAGUUCCAGCAGAGAGUGGAGAUUUCUCCUGAGCUGGAAAAGAGACUCAAUGAUUUCUCCCAGAAAAAUAUUGCUGUAACCAAGACACUGAGAAAGUUCAAAGUAAAUGUGAUUCUAGAUCCAGACACGGCUCAUCCCGUCCUAGUCCUGUCUGAUGAUCAGAAAAGUGUGAGAUGGGGAGACACACGGCAAGAUCUACCAGACAAUCCUGAGAGAUUUGACACUGAGCUCUGUGUGCUGGGCUGUGAGGGGUUCACCUCGGGGAAACAUUCCUGGGAGGUGGAGGAGGUGGAUGAGGGACACUGGGCUGUGGGGGUCGCCAGAGAAUCUGUAAGGAGAAAGGGAGUGAUCAGCCGUAACCCACAGGGGGGGAUCUGGGCUGUGGGGCCGUGGGGGGAUCAGUUCAAAGCUCUCACAUCUAUGGAGACGCCACUGCCCCUGAGCUGGGUCCCCAAAAGGAUCCAGAUUUUUCUAGACUAUGAGAAGGGGCAGGUGACAUUUUUUGAUGUUGAUAAGGAGGCCCCGAUCUUCACUUUCCCACCAGCCUCCUUCACUGGGGAGAGAAUCUACCCCUGGCUCUGGGUGUGGGGAUCCCAGCUCAGAAUAUUUCAGUUACAGGGGGAAUAGCCAUUGGGGACCCUGAAAUCAUCCUCUCCAGCCUCACACACCCUAGUUACCAUGACCCUGGAGGACUUCUCUCU